GAAUCAAUAUAGGUACUAUUUUUCUUGCAGUUUAAUUAAUCCAACAAAUAUAUAAUUCAUGCGAAAAAGUUUCGGAUGUGUGUUUAACAUGGUAAACUGACCUAGCUGCGGAAGAGCAGUCAGUACCUAGAUCUCACUCGACGCAGCUCAUGUUAGCCGCUAGACGAACCGGCGCCGCCAACCUCCAAGGAUUGGCCUCCAGCUUAACGAUCGGCAGCUCGAUGUUCUCAACGGCUUGGUGCACCCUUAAUGGGUCAUGCUCAGAGCAGAAAGACGACCGCGCGCGCACUAAAUCGACGGUGGUAGCCGGAACGUGUUGAUUGGUUCUAGAAGUGUUAGACUAGGUGCUCAAUGGAUGAUAUAUGACCACCGGGCACGUGUGAAUUGAUUCAUAUCGACGCCAGACUCGAUUCGCGCAGGACGCAUUCCGACGUUUUUGUGACUGCAGGAAUGUAUUUUUUGGUGUUCUUCCUUCCCGUGUUAUAGAUUUUUUUUGGGGACGAAAUUUCUGGUUGAACCAGUUUAAACCGCGCCAGAACAAGUUCCCAAUUGGGCACUAAGAAGUGCAUCAUUGGGACGCCCAGAGAUCAGUGAACCAGUGAAAAUCAAACGGUGUGAUGGCGAUCGUUUUUUGGAUACUGGUCGGAUUGCUGAUGCAUUCCGCCGUGAUGGUGACUGCAGGAGAUGAGCCCGCAGAUACCAGCUAUCGAUUGCCGCGGGAAGUCAUCCCUGUGCACUACGACCUUGAAGUGAACACUUAUCUUGGAGACGACGGCGAAGGAUUUUGGUUUGAUGGUGUUGUCAAUAUAACUGUGAUACCUUUCUACGCAACGAAUAGCAUAACUCUGCAUGCUAAAAGUCUAACAAUCGAUGAACAAAAAACUGCGCUAGUCGAUGUAAUGACCAACCGAACGAUCAAAUUAAGCAAGAUUGAUUACGAUUUGCUGAACGAUUUUCUAAUAGUUCGAACCAGCGGUCGACUCCGCACAGGCAACCACUACCGGCUGAGUAUUCCCUUUGAAUCGGAGCUAAAAUCGGAAGUCGUAGGCUACUACCGAAGUAGUUACAUCGAUCCGGAUAGUGAACAACGAACAUGGCUCUCGGCAACCCAAUUCCAAGCGACUCACGCCCGUCGUGCCUUCCCAUGCUUCGACGAACCGGAACUGAAGGCCACAUUCACCAUCUCACUUGGCCAUCACCAGCGCUACAAUGCUUUGUCCAACAUGCCACUGGUGCGAAGCGAGUGUCCUUCGCAUUCGUCCAACUGGGUCGUGGAUCACUUCGAGCCGACUGUGCUCAUGUCGUCCUAUCUGGUAGCUUACACGAUCAACGACUACGGCUACGCAGAAUCGCCGAGCAAUAAUCUCACCAGCGUUGUGGUGCGCUCCUGGACCAGACGAAAUGCCAUCGGGGAUCUACGAUUUGCAAACGAAAUAGCCGUCAAACUGAUCGACAUGUACGAGCGAAAGUUUGAGCUGCAGUUUCCUCUGCCGAAAAUUGAUUUCAUUACCAUCCCGAACAUGUUGUUCGCUGCCAUGGAAAAUUGGGGCCUGGUGACGUUCACCGAAGCGGGACUGGAGUUUUCAGCGGAAACGGCAGAACUUGACGAUCAGCACUUUGUGGCUUCGGUGGUUGCGCACGAGAUAGCCCACAUGUGGUUCGGGAAUCUGGUCACCAUGCGCUGGUGGACGGAUCUCUGGUUGAACGAGGGUUUUGCUCGGUAUACGGAAUUCACGGCGAUCGAGUACCUGUUUCCCGAGUGGAGAUCGAUGGAUGAGAUAGUGAUCGAGGACGUUCUUGAGAUAUUCAAGUAUGAUGCGCUGAACAGUAGUCACGCGGUGUCGAUCACGAUCGGAAACCCGGAAGAGAUCCCUCAGCUGUUUGAUUCGAUAUCUUACAAGAAGGGAUCGGCUAUUGUGCGGAUGAUGCAUAUGAUCCUGGGGGAUGAUACGUACUACGGCGGGGUGGCUAGAUACUUGGAACGAUACCAGUUCGGUAACGCGGAGCAGGAUGACCUGUGGGAGACUUUGACGGAGAAAGCACUGGAGAGUAAAAUGUUUGCGGGUGAUUUUAAUGUGAAGAAAGUGAUGGAUUCGUGGACUCUGCAAAUCGGCUAUCCGGUUGUAUACGUUAAACGGGACUAUGAGGGUGGUAAGGUGACGUUGCGACAAAUGAGGUUCUUGUAUGAUGAAACAAUCGAUGAUGACACAAGUUGUUGGUGGAUUCCUCUGACCAUCACAACGUCUCAGAAUUUGAAUUUCGACCAAACUCAACCUCAGUAUUGGUUGGAUUGCGUUGAUGAUGCCACUAUAACAUUAACGAAUGUUUCUCUAGCUACGGAAUGGAUCAUGCUGAACAAUCAGAUGGCAGGAUUGUACAAGGUCCAAUAUGACUACCCUAACUAUCGCAUGUUGGCAGCUUAUCUAAACAGCCCAAACUUCGAGAAAAUAAACGCCAUCAACCGUGCUCAACUCAUCGAUGAUGCUUUGGAUCUGGCCUGGGCUGGUUUGCAAGACUACUCAAUUGCUUUUUCACUGCUCAAUUAUCUCCCCGUGGAAUAUGAGUACAUCCCAUUGAAAGCCGCACUCUCCAAUUUGGACAUUCUAGAUCACGUUCUGGUCAACUCUGGAUACUACAACCUAUUCCAAUCGUACGCAAGUCACCUACUGUUUCCAAUCUACCACCGGUUGAACAUAUUCCAAGCAGACUACUUUGUCACUAGCUUAGGCCAGGUCCGUUUGAGGAAAACAAUUGCCGAUUGGGCUUGCAGCAUGGAUAUCGGCGAUUGUGUCGCUACCUCGCUGGAAUUGUUCCAGCACUGGUUCGUCAGCGAACUAAACACGAUUCCACUAGAUCUUCGAUCGAUCGUGUACUGUACCGCAAUCCGUGAAUCCACCCGUCUCGAGUGGGACUUCCUAUGGGAACGCUACCGCGAUCCCAAUGUCGUUAGCUCGGAACGGUUUGCUAUUGCAGAAGGUCUGGCAUGCACUCGGGACGCGGAGCUGAUUGAAUCUCUUCUGCGAUGGUCUGUCGAUGAAGAAUCCCCGAUUCGACUGGAGGACACCACCGUGAUUUUUGACGCCAUUGCGGAACAACCGGAGGGAAACGAUAUAGCGAAGCAGUUUCUGUUCGAUAAUAUUGAUAAAAUGCACGACUACGUCAAUCCGGAAUCCUUUGAAUCACGCCUUGCCAGUCACGUGAAGGUUCUAGCACAGCAGAUUACCACCAGCGAGGAGCUGAAACAAUUGCAGCAGUUCGUUGCACUCAAGCAGACAAUUCUGGCGGGGAACAGUAUAGCUAUCGAGCAGGCACUCGAACAUGGCCGCAUCAACAUUCAGUGGAGUGAUAACCGAUCAGCAAGAUUCGUGGCAUGUUUGGAGCUGCUGAAGGAAAACGGAUAUGAUGCCGCACAGUUGGGGUGGUUUUGAGAAGGGGAUGUUUGCUUAGUGAUAGUUUUAAUCGAAAUUUUUCAUUUUUCAAACAAAAUGAAUAUUUUUUUUUCACUUUGCCCGAGAAGAAUAUAAUCAUC